AUGCCAGCUCCUGCUAGGAAAAGAACUAUCAACAGCCAGCGCUCAUCCUCUGUCGCAAAGAAAGCAGCUAGAAAUGCGAUGUUGAAAGUCGCGGGAACGACAAAAGUUUCUCAAACGCAGUUGGAGAGAGUAGUCCAGUCUGUCAAUGAUGCAACAAAACGUUUAUCCCAGCCGGAAUCCAUCCUAAGUACGAGCACUACUACUAAAUCGUCAAAGCGUAAGUCGAGAGACACGGUCGGGCCAUGGAAGUUGGGGAAGACAUUGGGCAAGGGCUCUUCAGGACGAGUGCGCCUCGCCAAAAAUAUGGAAACUGGUCAACUUGCGGCUAUCAAGAUUGUCCCGAGGAAGAAUAAUAAGCAUGCCAAAAAUGAGCCUGCUUCCACAUGUUCUUCCGUAUCUCACGUGUCAGCAUCCUCAAACGCUACGUCGACAAUGGUCAAUGGCACUGCAACAAAUAGUACGAACACUGGCGCAGAAACUGAUCCUAUCAAUCCUUAUGGUAUUGAGCGUGAAAUCGUUAUUAUGAAACUAAUAUCACAUGCCAACGUAUUGGGACUUUACGAAGUUUGGGAGAAUAAGUCCGAGCUAUAUCUAGUAUUGGAAUAUGUUGAUGGUGGUGAACUGUUUGAUUAUCUUGUUUCUAAAGGCAAACUUUGUGAAAGUGAGGCUGUCCAUUACUUCAAGCAAAUAAUCCAAGGUGUUUCGUAUUGUCAUUCAUUCAACAUUUGUCAUCGUGAUUUGAAGCCAGAGAAUUUGCUUCUAGAUAAGAAAAAUCGUAGCAUCAAGAUUGCAGAUUUUGGUAUGGCAGCACUCGAGAUAUCUAAUAAACUAUUGGAAACGUCUUGUGGAUCUCCCCAUUAUGCUUCACCCGAAAUUGUCAUGGGGAAACCCUAUCAUGGUGGUCCCAGUGAUGUAUGGUCAUGUGGUAUUAUAUUAUUUGCUUUAUUGACUGGGCAUCUGCCAUUCAAUGACGACAACAUCAAAAAACUUCUACUAAAAGUUCAAUCUGGAAGGUACCAGAUGCCGAUGAGUCUUUCAAAGGAAGCACGAGAUUUAAUUAGCAGAAUUCUGGUAGUUAACCCAGCAAGAAGAAUAACAACGGAAGAAAUAUUGAGCCAUCCGCUAAUUACGAAGUAUGAAAAGCCCCCUUUCAAAAUAAGAAGUAAUAAGACUACUAAAUUCAGUAUGAGACAAGGUAAAUCAAAUGCAGACCUUCAUCUUCUCAAUGAAUAUGAUAGAUCAACUCUUGAAUUGAAUUCGAAGGAAGAUGUAGAUGAACGGAUCCUAAGCAAUUUGCAGAUCCUUUGGCAUGGGGCUUCGCGGGAAUUAAUAAUGGCAAAGCUACUUCAACCUAGUAUGUGUGAGGAAAAGGUAUUUUAUUCUUUGCUUUUAAAAUACAAGGAAAAACAUAGAACUAGAGUCGAAGCAGAAUCUGAAGCUCUACUUCAAAAGAACAAAAUAAACAUAAUUGAUGAAACUAAUGAAACUAAUGAGGCCAAUGAAACCAAUGAGGCCGAUGAAACUUUAGAGGGCAGGAGAAUUUCAGAUCCGAGUGCACCACACCUUUUACAAAAGUCUCAGUUCAGUAUCCCAUCGUUGAAACAAGAAAAAUCUCCUUCAGUCUCUGCAUUACGCCCCACAGCUUUGCCCAUAUUUGCCGUAUCAUCUUCAAGAACCUUUAAGAAAAGUGGCUCGUUGAUGUCGAUGCAAUCCCAGAGAUCAUUGAAAUCAAAAAUAAAGAUAACCAAAUCCUCAUCUAAAAAAUCUAUGAGCGAAUCAUCGUCUAAAAGAACGCUGCAAAACUCGUCUUCGAAAAGAUCUCUUUACUCGUUAACAUCCAUUUCCAAGAGAUCUUUGAAUCUAAAUGAUUAUGUGACGAACGAAAUUAGUGAACGCAAGGCUGAGCAACUGCCGCCAUUACCGUCGAUUGGUUCAAAUAACGAUUUUGAAGACCUUUGUAAUCAAAUUCUCUUUGGAGAUGCUCUUGAUAAAAUUUUAGAAGAAGAGGAAGAAGAAGAAUAUGAUAAUAAGACUGUGGACAGUGCCUCUCGAACUACAAAUAAAACAGACACAGAAGUCUCAAGUGGUAAUAGCAGUCCGGUUGUUACGCCGCCUCAAGAAGCUUUGAGACCAGCUUUUGUUUUUGGUCAACAGUUAUCAGACACUACCACGUCUGUAAAUAAUUCAACAGCAGAUCUGUCUUCUCCUCCAAGAAGUGCAUUUAAGGACCUGACGAACACUGUUACGAAUACUGCUCUUUCAAGGAAACCGAGUUUCUCCGGGCUCAAAAGGGAUAUCUCUCAGAAAUCAAACUUAAAAGACAUGUUAGCGAGGCCAAAUCAAAACUCAAACUAUCCUUACCGUAGUGUUCACAAUGUAACAGCUUUCUCUGGCACUUUUGCAAGGGAGCAGGACUUCUCAUUAGAUCCUCGCCGCAAUGCUUCGCAACCGGCAAACUCAAAGGUUGUCGAAUCGUUAUUAGAUAGGUUCAAAGAGAAAUCGAAUCUAAAAAGCAAAAGAAAAAGCAAUGGCUGGUCAUAUGAAACUGGCUCAAUAUUUGGCGCCAACCAAGGUGUGGAGGAUCAAUCAUCUGGAUUAACAAAAGAAUCAGAUGUAGAAAUGUCAUCUUUUAUGAACCAUAAUCAAGGGCUCGAAUCACUUUCUGAUUUUCACAACAUGGAUGCAGAUGUUCUAGCCCAUUCGAGUACAGUUCGCACGAAGCCCUUGAUUUCACUGCCGAGCUCGAGCUUGAAUCCCACCAUGUCUUUCAAAAAUCUGAAUGAUUACUUGCGAAAUCCUGAUGAAUCAUACGUCACAAGCUCAAGGAGAGCAAGUGCUAGUCGAAAUUCUACUACAGCAAGAAAGCAAUCGACGAAGAUUUCUCAGCCGCAAAAAAGUUCUCUAGCCGUUGGAAGAACACAUAGCAAAGCUAAUUCUUCCACCAGUAAUGAUUUUGAUUUGAUAUCUGAUAUGAGUUAUGCCUUAGAUAUCCCAACUAAUACUUUUAUGGCUCAAGCGGUCACAAUUUCCAAUCAUGGCUCUGCAGAGCGUAUAGUACCAGACCAUCUGGGUCACGUAAAUCGCAACGAGAAUAUGAAGAACAACAAUGGAAAUAAUACUCUAGCGACAAUUUAUGAUGAUACCAAGGUAAAUAUCUUCGAAGAUGCACCAACAGAUACGGAAUCUUUGGAUGUUACUUCAUCAGAAGGUGAUUCGAUCCCCAACGUACAUCGUAAAGCCGUUUCGAUAGAAACUUUGAACAACACAAAUGUUUUGGCACCAUCUACUAAUGUAAGGGUGAGUUUAUAUGUUAACAACAAUACGAAUUCGAAUGCCAUUCUGCCCCGUGAGACAACGGAAGAAAUUAUAUCCAAAUUUCAAAUGCCACACGAGAAAUUCUCAGAGGAUGCGCAAAGAAGAGUUUCAUCGACGAAUGCUACUGGAAAGGGUAAUGAUGCGAUAGAAAACUCGCAAAGUGUGUUGCCUAUGUUUAAAGAUGUUGAAGAAGCAGAUUCCGAAGACAGAAGUGCGCAUAAGGACAUUUCCUUCAAUGGCUUACAGCAGAAGGAUCUAGAGCCCCAACCAAAUAGGGUGACUAUGCUCUUUGAUGCUGAUGAGGAGGAGCACCGCAAAUCUGAAGAGGAAACCCAGCAAAGGGGAAAAGACACUCCCAGUAAAACAGAAGCAGUGAAGGAACAUAAUGGGACUAUCAAAACUACCAUCAAAACUACCAAAAAAAUUAGGGAAGAAAAGAUUAAAGUGAGACCAAAGGUGAAAGUUAUGAAUUCAACUCUUAAUGAGCCACCAGCGAAAAAAAGCUGGUUUAAAAAAUUGUUUAGUGGAUUGAAAGCUAGUCGUGAAGAUCUUAGAUUAGUACAAACUCAUAAGACAUCACUUUCCUUCGAAGACGCACAUUUAUUAACGUUAAACGAAUUUGAUAAAAACGCGGUAGAUUAUUUUCUUAAAAGUUCUAGCAGGAAUAAUGUUAGUGAGAUAGUUCAGUAUGAUUGCAAAUUCGUGAAGGGAAAUUUUAAAUUUAGAAUAAAGAUUAUAAACGAUGGAACACUAAGAACUGAUAAACAGACAUUAAUUAUAAUCAAAAAAAAGAGCGGCAGAAAUACAUCAGAAUCGGAACAUGCCUUCCAAAUAUUCAAUGCUGACGUAGCAAGAGUCAUCAGACGUCUUGAAUUGAAGACCAAGACAGAGUGA